AUUUUAUAUGCUCACUUGUGUCUUUAUGUUGUAAUGUUUUUGAUCCAAUGUUUGAAACUUUCUGAUAUAGUUUCAUUGUGCAAGAAGAGAAAUGUGGAUCAACCAAAUUCUCAGAAUCUCUGCUGCUUCUGCUCCAUAAACUGGUUAUGCAUUUUUGGAGGAACCAAUAUCAUAUCCAUUCUAUGAUAUGAUGGAUAGAUUCAGGAUCAUCAUCUCUAUCUGUUGUCUUCUUAGUUUACUCUGUCUCGGGUUAUCCAAACAGCAGACGUGUGUGCUUACAUAAACACAGAUCAACAGAACCAAAAGCUCUAAACAAGACCGGCUCUUCAACAAGAGACAUAACCACCAAGUAGACAGAGUCUCCCUUGCACUGCAUUAGUAAUCACCAAAAGUCUAUUCCUGUUUUGCUUCUUCUCUCUGCGUAACUUUUUUACAAUUCAUCAAAAAAAAAGGAACCAAAACCCAUCCGAAGAAAAAAGGAAAUAAAGCCCAUUCAAAGAAAAGGAAAUUAAGAACAAUAUUCAAUACAAAUAUCUGCUUAUGUCAAAGUCAUUAACCGACUCCAACGGCUACAUUGAACAAACGGUUAUCAUUAUAGAUCAAGACCUAAUUAACACUUUGCUUAUAAAUACAGAUUCUCACACGCAGCCUCUUCUAAUUCUUCCUUGAGAGAAAAAAAAAAUCAAAAACUCUCUGAUUCACGCAUCUUCUUCUUCUUCUUUAAUUUUCUUCUUGAGAGAAUCUCUUUAUACAGAGACUCUGUGUGAAUUCCGAUGAUCCAUUAUUGAAGAAGUGAAAAGUCGAUGAUGAUGAUGAUCUCCUCUGCAACAUGAUGAUCCAUAAGAGUUGAUUUCACUUCUCUCCGUUGAGUCGGUGGAGCCAAGGCGGCUGUUAACGGCGACUAAACCACGUUUGUUCUCAACGAUCCGUACGAUUACGUCUUACGAGGCGUUCUCAGCAAGCCAUCUCUUGAACCCUCAUGUUGCAUAUCGGCUUGGAUUGGAGGUAUGAGAUUUGCUAGCACGAUUACUUUGGGAGAGAAAGCUUCGACUAAGGAGGAGGACGCGAAUCAGAGGAAAACAGAGAAGGAAUCCACCGGUGGAGACCAAGGAAUCGCGAAUCAGAGGAAAACAGAGAACGAAUCCACCGGUGGAGAUCAAGGAAUCGCGAGUUAUUAGGGUUUCACAACCUUCAGAUCAAGAAAGUGAAGAACAGAGUGAUUGAUAUGCAUCAAGGCAGAGUUUGAACUUCUCUUGUGCUCCUGUGAAUUUCCACCACAUUUACCAAAUUAGUUUCUGAAGAUGAUCGCAAGAAAACAUGCAAAACCUUUUUUUGACAUUAAAUGUAUAUAUACCUGAGAAGGCCCUGGGUGUUUAUCUGGAUGCCAUUUCAAAGCUGCAGACCUGAAGAAAAUCUCUACUUCCUUUGGUGUGGAAGAGAAGAUUGUGUAGAGCCUUUUUAGCAUCAGAACGCUUCUCCUUAACCGUACAUGUGUAUCUUAUAGAGUCCUGAGAUCAAUAUUUUCACUUUUUCAGCUUAAUGAAAUUCAACAACAAACUAGAUAAGCAAAAUUGACGAAAGUU